AUGCCUGUUUUGAAGCGGCCGGCUUCAGCGAGUGGACUUCCUUCUAUGAAGAAGCCUGCUUCUCAUAGCUCCAUCAAGGACGUGGUCAGUGAACUCAAGGAUAGUCAGAAGCAUGAUGAGGACAAGGAAGGGUCUGAAGAAGUAGCGCGUGACAAGCAGAAAGCGCAAAAGUUUCACAAAAUGCUGAACCAGGGAUCACUACCGGAGCACAUCGUGCACAUGUACAACAUCGAAGCCAAGAAAAGUAAAGAUGGAGCUCGAGCCUUUCAGACCCGUUUGAUCAAUUCCCUGUUUCAGAAGAACAAGGACGGCACCUUCAGUGUACAAACUGAGAAGCAUGAGUUUCAGGAGUACAGGAAAAUUUACCACCAGUCUAUUGCAAAGGACAAGACGGAGGCAUUACCCCGUACCAUCAUGCUUGCAUCUCACUUCGGUGGGAAUGAGGCCUUAAUGAAGAAAGCCCUGGACAAUGGUGAGUUGGUGUCUAAGGUUGACAAGCAGUCCAACGUUGAAUACCUCCAGUUCAGGAAGCUCACCAAUGCCGAGGUGCGUGGCAAUGAAGAAGGAGAACACGUGGCUGGGUCCAAGAAGCUCUCCAGAGAGCAAGCUCAUUCCUUGGCCAGUGUCAUGGCCAAGCUCAAGUGGAAGUUUGAACUGAGCAAGGCUGGAG